ACUCGCCAGCAGUCGCCGGGCCGAGCGACGCAGUCCUCGUCCGCACCUCCUGCGCACCUCCUGCCCCGCUCUCGGAGCCCAGCUCACUCGGCGUCUCCCCGCCGCCUACCCUGCUCCGAGUGUCGCGGCCGCGAGGGUCGCGAGCUGCAGUCCGCCAACGGCCGCCGCUCGGCGCCGUCCUCACGUCACCUCCCUCCAGCAUCAAGGCGAACAAGGCCACCGCCGCGACCUGCAUAGCCUGCACCAGGGACGGCGCUGACUGAGCGGGCGAUUGGAGGCCCGGACCCCCGGGCUGCUGCCAGGCUGACGUAUCUGGAGCACGCGGCGAGCGUCAUAGGCGCCGGUGUUCAACCAACAUGUGCGCGAGCGCUGCCCGCCCGGUGGUCUCGCAUUUCCAACAGGUGGAGGACGGGAGGGGCCACGACGCCCGCGGUGCCAUCAACAUGGGUUUCGUCAUGGACCCCAACAAGUGCGCCAGCAACGGAAACGGAACUUGCGAGAAGGCUCGGUCGGAGACGGAGAAGGACGACUACGAUCCGUUCAGCGAGCGAGAGGUCAGCCGGCAGUACUCGAACCUGGGCGCCUUCUUCCACCUGCUCAAGGGCGGCCUCGGCUCGGGCAUCAUGGCCAUGCCCAUGGCCUUCUCGCACAGCGGCCUCAUCCUCGGCGUGGUGGGCACCAUCGUCACCGGCAUCGUGUGCACGCACUGCAUGGUGAUCCUGGUGCGCUCGGCGCAGACGCUGUACUUCCGCCUGAGGAUCCCCACCCUCGGCAUGGGCGAGACGGCCGAGGCCGCCUUCGCCAACGGGCCCAAGAGGCUGCGGCCGCUCGCGACGUUCGCCAGGAAUUUUGUCAAGCUCUCCCUGUUCUUCUGCUACGCCAUGUCUAUGUCAGCGUAUAUCGUCGCCAUCGGCUCGUCAGUUCAGCAGAUGGUGGAGCAGCACUCCCACAAGGACAUCCUGGACCAGCGCAUCUACAUCGUGGCGCUGAUGGUGCCGCUGAUCCCCAUGUGCCAGCUCCGGCUGCUCAAGCAUCUCGUGCCAUGCUCCUUCAUCGCCAACUCGUGCAUCGUGGCGGGGUUAGGCAUCACCGUGUACUACAUCUUCCACGAGCUGCCCGACCCCGAGUCGAGACGAUUCGGCGUCAAGGAUAUCCAGGGCAUGCCCAUCUUCUUCUCCACGGCACUCUUCGCCAUGGAGGGCAUUGGAUCGGUGAUGCCGAUUGAAAAUACGAUGAAAAACCCUCGCAAGAUGACGGGCUGGACAGGGGUCAUGACCCUGGCCAUGACGUGCAUCGUCGCCCUCUUCGCCUGCGUCGGCUUCCUGGGCUAUCUCAAGUUCGGUGAUAACACCCUAGGAAACAUUGCCCUCAGCUUGCCUACAGAAGAAAUCCCGGCGCAGGUCGUCAAGGUGCUGAUCGGCGUGGCCAUCCUGUUCACCGUGCCCGUGCAGUACUUCGUGUGCGCCGAGAUCCUCUGGAGCUACAUCUCGCCGUACGUGACGCCGGCCCGCCACCGCCUCGGGGAGGGCGUGACCCGCGCCGUCCUCAUCAUCUGCUGCAUGGUCCUGGCAGUGGCCAUCCCCGACCUCGACCUCAUCAUCUCCCUCGUAGGCGCCAUCUUCUUCUCGGCGCUCGGCAUCUUCGUGCCCGCCGCCAUCGAGCUGGUCGUCGACUGGGAGACGAGCGACCGCGCCACGCGCUUCGGCCUCGCCGGCAAGAACGGCGCGCUCAUCGCCGUCUCCGUGUUCACGGCCGUGUCCGGCGUGUACGCCGCGCUGUACGAGGCGGUGUACAAGCCCGAAGCACAGCCCAGCCCUUAGAGGCACCCUCGGGGUGGUUAUUCGAAACCCCGCGCGCUGAGUCACCGCGGCAGUCUCGCCUCCCUCUGUCGACUCGUGCUGCCCGACGGGCAACAAGCUAUUGACGGCUUUGCUCUUUGGCAAAGUUACCCCGGAGGGGCGACCAAGCGACCCCGUUGGGCGACUCCACGCGAACCCAGUAGCGGUCGCCUCCAGUCUCCAGGGGAGCACUGCGAUCUGCAACCACCUUGGGGUCGCUGGGCCGCUAGGGUAGCCGCGACUUGAGAAUGGGGCACGCGCAGCGGCAGCCGAGCGCCUCGUUGCCAAACCGCAUUUAAUUGCCAAAGGUAUUAAAUGUCUUAGGGGCAGCGACACGCAGAGUGACUCGGAUAGUGAGUGCACAGCACAAUGUUGCCGGCGCCGCGCGCCAAACGGUGAUAAGUCCUGUGAUAUUACGCCACGUGUUUUAUGGUCCUAUAGAAACUGGAUAUCUAAAGCUAAGGCCCAGCCUCAACCACAACCCGCCACAACCUCUGCUCUCUCGGUGUUUGCGCCGAGGAUCUCUCUCAGACAGGCGCCGUUCUUAGUCUCGUGCAGACACGCCGGCUAGGGAGGGUUUGAGUAAGUGAGGGGGAGACAGAUUUUGACACCCGCACUCUAGAGUUAACAACCUCGCGUGGCUGGAUCUGGCCCGGUUCAUUCAUGAGAUAAAAAGGACUUUCCCGCCCAGAAUGCGGGGCCAGAAGGCGCUGUGCUUGGGUGGGUUCUACGAUAAGUAGUGUUUGGGUUAGACGCGAGACACGGGACCGUCAGCAAAUGAUUAGGUAAUGUGAACUUCAGGUUGCAGCCGUCUUCCGGCUGCAACGAAUUUUAGUGUAUGACUGAUUGCUUUUAGGUAUGUACGUACAUCACGACUGAAAACUAGAACCCUCACGAUCUGGGGCUUCCGAAGUAUUUUGAAUUGUUUGUUGUGAAAUUUUUAGACUAACGACAAAUGUGCCACCAUACAAUUAAAUACAUUUUUAUUUUUAUUCUA